AUGCGCCGCCCUCUCGCAGGCGCCGCCGCCGCCAUCCGCCUCCGCCUCCUCUCGCCCUCCUCCCGCCCCCUCCUCCCCUCUCCCUCCCCACUCCACUUCCUCUGCCGCGACCACGACCGCGAGGACCGGCCCCCGUCUCCCCCAUUCUCGCCUCGCCCGCUCCUCACCUCCGCAUCCGGCCUCCUCGGCCUCCGCGGCUGGCGGACGCUACCCCCGGCAGCGUCACCGCCCCGGGGCGCCGUCGCGGACGCCCCUCCUGCCCUGCUCACCAUCUCCCGCAGUUAUUCUCUGCGUGUCGCCAAGAGCAAGAAGCAAACACACUUCGACGAUGAGCACAGCCAUCGAGCGGUUAACACGGCACUUCUGUGUAACUUCCUUGUCUUCACGUUAAAGUUUGGUGUGUGGUUUUCAACAUCUAGUCAUGUUAUGCUAGCUGAGCUAGUGCAUUCAGUUGCAGACUUUGCUAAUCAGGCUCUUCUUGCAUAUGGUUUGAGAAGUUCAAGACGUGCUCCAGAUGCUCUACACCCCUACGGUUAUUCAAAAGAACGAUUUGUAUGGUCCUUGAUAUCUGCGGUUGGAAUAUUUUGCUUGGGUUCAGGUGCUACUAUUGUGCAUGGAGUUCAGAACUUAUGGAGUACUGAAACUCCUGAAAACAUCCACUAUGCUGCAUUAGUGAUUGGCGGGUCGAUCCUAAUUGAAGGUGCUUCACUUCUUGUUGCUAUAAAGGCUGUUAAGAAAGGUGCAGCAGCAGAAGGAAUGAGCAUCAGAGACUACAUCUGGCGUGGUCAUGAUCCAACUUCAGUUGCUGUUAUGACUGAAGAUGGUGCUGCUGUUACAGGUCUUGCUAUUGCAGGAGCAUCUUUGGUGGCUGUUCAAAUGACUGGAAACCCUAUAUAUGAUCCAAUUGGUUCCAUCAUUGUUGGUAACUUACUUGGAAUGGUUGCGAUUUUUCUCAUUCAGAGGAACCGACAUGCUUUAAUUGGCAGGGCCAUCGAUGAUCAUGAUAUGCAGCGGGUUCUUGAAUUUUUGAAAUCUGAUCCGGUUGUAGAUUCUCUUUAUGAUUGCAAAAGUGAGGUGAUCGGACCAGGAUUUUUUAGAUUCAAAGCAGAAAUUGAUUUCAAUGGAGUAGUCUUGGUGCAAAAUUAUAUGAAAAGGACUGGACGUGGAGUAUGGGCAAAACAGUUUCGGGAGGCUUCGUUGAAUAAGGAUGAUGCAGAGUUACGAAGGGUCAUGGCCAACUAUGGUGAGGGUGUUGUGGAUGCUCUGGGAUAUGAAGUGGAUCGGCUGGAGUCAGAGAUACAGAAGAUAGUACCUGGAAUCAGACAUGUUGACAUUGAGGCGCACAACCCUGAAGGGCUUUCAGUUUAGAGCAGCGAUUUUGUACAUUAUCGAUAUACUGAUUGAUCACACUUGCUGAUCAGUGCCAAUCUAAUUUUUCCCAUGACCUCUGGAUAUGUCAUAUCCCUCGGUGUCUUGACCAGUGUUCCUCAUGUAAGAACGAUAUGUUUCUGAUAGAGGGGCAAUGGGCACCUUAUCCCGGUGCUCGUGAAUGCUCACAACUUUAAUAUGUCCUGUGGCAUGUAAAGAUUCGCCAUAGACCGAAAUGGCUAUCGUUGCACAA